UUUAUGUGACAGUUCGAGGUCACAGCUGUCAAAUACAUGCAUUGAUCUAAUAAUACACCUUUAUUCAAAUCAAAUGCACUUAAUUUCAAUUUAAUACCUUACCCACACGUUCUUAUUUCGUUGCAGAAAUGAGUGAUUCAACCGAGAAGGAAUUCGAACCAAAUGAGGAAUUCUUAGAAAUCCUUAUAUCUAUGGGUCUUUCGAAAGAUAUCGCUACUGAAGCAUUAUUUUGUACUGGUAAUCAAUCCAUAGAUUCAGCCCUUAAUUUCAUAUUUAGCAAUGAUGAUGAUUCAUGUAGAACUGCAGUAUCCAGAGUUUCUGGAGAUAGGAUAGAAGACAAUGCUGUUGGCGACGUGAAUGAAGAUGAGGGUUACUAUAAGAUGACAUUUGUUGUUAAUACUGCCCUAAAAAUGGGUCUUGGUAAACUUAGUGCCCAAGUUGCUCAUGCCUGUCUAGGAUUGUAUAGAAAAAUGCUAUUAGAAGGGUUGAAGGACGCCUUGGAUGGCUGGGAAUUUGCAGGAGAGAAGAAAGUAGUACUGAAAGGCAUUGACCAUGUGCAUUUACAAGAACUUCAUGAGAAGGCUAAAAGUGCCAAUAUUCCAUGUUAUUUGAUAACAGAUGCUGGAAAGACUCAAAUUCCUCCAAAUUCUAUAACAGUUUUGAGUCUUUUUGGCUCAGAAGAUGAGGUUGAUAAAAUAACAGGAAAACUGGGUCUUCUUUAAAAACAAUAAUAAUUGUAAUGGAUUUUAUUCCAAAUAAGUCAUUAUGAUGCAAAGUUUUCAAAUUGUUGAUGUCUUUCUAGUCAAUUAUUUGGGGUGCUAUACAGGGAGAAUUGUUGUGUUUAAUUUUAUUUAUCUCAACUUGUUACUUAAAAUUCUUGAAAUUCUGAUUAUAUUGUCUAGUUUCUUUGGAAGUAUCUCUUAAAUUUGAAAUGACAAUAAUUACAUAUAUGUUGAUUAUAUGAAUUUCAGAUAUUUGUGGAUUAAAAUUUUUUUCAUAUUGUUAGGAUAGUUGUUGAAAAUUAUAUUUGAACUAUGGUUCUGUUGUCUAAUCACAGUUUGGAAGCUUUGUGAUCCUUAUACAAUUUGCAUUUACUGUUUUUUGCACUAUUUAAACAAGUUUUGAGUCUUAAAUUUAGGUAAAACUAACAUACAAGUUUCACUGAAAUAUUUCAGAUCAGGCCUAACUGUAAUUGACUUGAGUUUAUAUUUCAUAAGUUUUGACUUGUAACUAUACUCCAAUGGUAGUUUAAGCUGGCAUUGAUAAUUCGUAUUUAUUUUGUAUAGUAUUUAUUUGAAAUCAUGAAUAUAUAUUUGUUGCUUAUA